AACUAUCAACUUCCGGCACGUUGGUUUACUGAAAAAUGGCAGAUUCGGAUGACAGAAGCACAAUAUUACCCGUAGUUGUUGAUUUCAUUAAACGAAAAUGCAAAGAAUUUGUACCACUUUUGAACCACUCCACAAAGUUCAAGACAGUGAAGACAGAUGGCAGUCCAAAGUUGGAAGAACUGUAUGCUCACUGGAAGAGUGAGGGUGUGAAGAGGAAGAUUCCAGCUGGUGACACUUCUACAAGUGCUAAAAAGGCAAAGAAAGAUGAAUCAAGUAGUAGUAGCAGCUCAGAAAGUGAAGAUGAAGAGCAGAAAAAACCUGGAAAAAACGCAACCCCCGCAAAACAAGCAGGGCAGAAAGGGUCUGCAAAAUCACCAGCAGAGCCAAUCAAACGUCUUCACCAGUCCAGCUCCAGCGAUUCAUCCUCUUCAGACAGCGACACUGCCAAACCCCCACCCAAAAAACAAGCAACAGCUGCCAAGCCACAGCCAAAGAAGGCAGAAUCUAGCUCUGACAGUAGUAGUGAGUCCAGUGAAGAUGAAAAGACAAAGAAACCAGUUCCUGCUAAAGCAGCUAAGCAAACACCUGUUAAGAAAGCAGGAAGUUCUAGUUCCAGUGAGAGCUCAGACUCAUCUGAUGAUGAAAAGCCAGCAACAAAAAAAACUGUCCCGUCUGUUAAAAAGGCUGUAACACCUGCCAAAGCUAACAAAGGCGCAGAAUCAAGUGGAACAUCUGAUUCUGAUGCUGAUUCUGAAAGUACAGAUGAUGAGAAAGCUUCUGGUAAGAAAAAAGUACUGACCAAGAAAGUUGCAACCCAGGGAAAGUCCUACAAUAAUGUUCCGCCUCCAGCAGAAAAAUCUACUCCUGCCAAAACUGCUGCAAAGAAAGAUUCUAGUAGCAGCAGCAGUGAUGAUAGCUUGAGUGAAGAUGAAUCUGCCAAGAAAAAAACUCCAGUUUCUAAGGCAACACCUGCGAAAACAGUUGCAAAGAAAGAUAGCAGUAGCAGUGAUAGUUCAAGUGAAGAUGAAAAACCUACUGGCAAACCUACUCAGUUGAAUUCAUCUGUAAAAACUCCAGUUGCUAAAGUUCCUCCAGCAAAAGCAGCUACAAAGAAAGAUAGUAGUAGUAGUAGUGAUUCUAGCUCCAGUGAAGAUGAUGCUCCAAAGAAAACGCAAACUAAGUCUGUAAGCCCAAAAAAGCCUCAAACAGCUGGGAUGAAGAAAGACAGCAGCAGCAGUAGUGACUCCAGUUCUGAAGAUGAAGCCCCGAAAGCAAAAACCAUUCCUCAGACAGCAAAGUCUCCAGCCCCUGCAAAAGCUGCAGUUAAAAAAGCAGAGAGUAGUAGCAGUGAUUCAAGCUCAAGUGAAGAUGAAGCCCCUGCUAAGGUGGUCAAACAAACACCGAAAGCUCAACCAGUUAAACCAGCUGCAAAGCAAGCAGACAGUAGCAGUAGCAGUGAUUCUAGUUCUAGUGAAGAUGAAGCCCCAGCAGUCAAAAAACCUGUGACUCCUGCAAAAGUUGCUGUGAAAACACCACCUUCAAAACAAUCUAAACCUGCUGAUAGCAGUUCAAGUUCAGAGGAAAGUUCAGAAGAUGAGAAGACUACAAAACAGCCAGCCAAAGCUGUUACACCUAAACCUGGUGCAGCCAGUAAAACAAAGGCAGGUGGCUCUAGUUCUAGUAGCUCUGACUCCUCAAGUGAAGAUGAAGCACCUAAGAAAGUAGCUCCGCCUUCUCCCAAGAAGUCAGCUACCCCAGCAAAGCCAGUUCCUGUGAAGAAAACACCAAAGAAAUCAAGUUCAAGCAGUUCAGAUUCCAGUUCAGAAGAUGAUGAAAAACCAUCAAAGCCAGUGACACCCAAAGUAGCUGGAAAACCUGUGACACAGAAGGUUCCUGCCAAAACUGUUGCAAAAGAUUCCAGUUCCGGCAGUUCAGAUUCAAGUUCAGAUGAUGACGCACCAAAUAGUAAAGCCCAAGCUGUAAAGGGUACACCACAAGCUGCUGUUAAACCAGUUACUCCAAAACCGGUAGCAAAAGACUCCAGUUCCAGUUGUUCAGAGUCGAGCUCAGAGGAUGAAGCACCUAAGAAGACAGCACAACCUGUAACUCCUAAAGCUGCAGCUAAACCAGUUACUCCCAAAGCAACAGCUAAAGAUGCUAGUUCAAGUAGUUCUGAUUCAAGUUCUGAGGAUGAAGCCCCAAAGAAAGCUAUACCAGCAAAAGCAGCAACUCCUAAAGUAGCUUCCAAACCAGCAACUCCUCAAACAACAGGAAAAGAUUCAAGCUCCAGUUCUGAAUCAAGUUCCGAAGAUGAAGCCCCUAAAAAAGGAACACAAGCAAAAGCACCAACUCCAAAAAGUGCAGCGAAACCAGUUACUCCAAAAACAACAGCAAAUGAUUCUAGUUCUAGUUCUGAAUCAAGUUCGGAAGAUGAAGCCCCUAAAAAAGUAACACCAGCCAAAGUGGGAACUCCUAAAGUUCCCUCUAAACCCGUCACUCCUAAAGCCGCAGCAAAGGAUUCCAGUUCAGGUAGUUCUGAAUCAAGUUCUGAUGAGGAAGCCCCUAAGAAGGCAGCACCAGUGAAAGCAGGAACUCCUAAAGCUGUUGCAAAGCCUGUCACUCCAAAAGCAACAGCAAAAGAUUCAAGCUCUAGCAGUUCUGAUUCAAUAUAAAUUG